AUGUAUUCCCUGAGAGAGGUGAACCCCAUGGUGAGAGGGAUCAGAAUCUCACCACAGAGGGCGCUACAGAAACGUUCAGAACAGAUCACUGCACUACUCCAACAGGGAGAGCAGAAACCAUUCAAGGAAGUUAUUGACAUUAGCUCAGGUGAUUCACACAGGACCGGGAUAAAACCAAUCUCCUUUGUGCGACAGGUCCUGUCGGUCUGUCUGUACCCUGAACUCCUGCAUGAUGACACACUUCCUGGGGACGUCAGGCAGAGAGCCCAGAGGCUGCUGGGGGAGUGUGAUGGGGGCAGUGUGGGUUCAUACACAGACUCCUGUGGGCUGCCUCAUGUUCAGCGCAGCGUUGCAGAGUUCAUCACUGGUCGAGACGGAGGAGUGCCUUCAUAUCCCCGCAACAUCUUCAUCUCUGCUGGCUCACAGACAGCUCUGAAAGUGAUGGUAAAGCUGUUGGUGAGAGGGGAGGGUGUGUCCCAAACGGGUGUGUUGAUCCCCCAGCCCUGCCCCCACACCCUGCCCAUGCUGCUUGAGGAGGUAGGGGUUGUCCUGGUGCCCUACCAGCUGAGAGAGGAGCAGGGCUGGGCCCUGGAGCCGGGGGAGCUGCACCGAGCCCUCACCGCCUCUAGAGGGCACUGCAGGCCCAGAGCGCUCUACAUCAGCAACCCUGGUAACCCCACUGGUCAUGUACAGAGCAGGAAAUCUAUAGAAUGGGUGAUUCAGUUUGCUGCAGAAGAGAGGCUCUUCCUAUUGGUCAAUGAGGUGUAUCAGGACUGUGUGUAUGGGGAGGGCAGGGAGUUUGUGUCCUAUAAGAGGGUCCUGUUUGAAAUGGGUCAGCAGUACUCUGAGAUGGUAGAGCUGGCCUCCUUUCACUCCAUAUCCAAUGGCAUCAUGGGAGAGUGUGGGCUGCGUGGGGGGUACAUGGAGCUGGUGAAUGUGGACCCAGCAGUGAUGGUGUUUGCUGAGAUCCUCCUGUGUACUGACAUCAGUACCCCUGUCACAGGACAGAUCGCCCUAGAAAUAAUGGUUAACCCUCCCAGACCUGGAGACCCCUCCCAUAGCAAGUAUACACAGGAGAUUCUGACCAAUCGGAUCACCCUGGCCCAGAAUGCUCAGCGGGCUUGGGAGUUUCUGAUUGGUCUUCCGGGGGUGAGCUGUCAGCCAGUGAUGGGAGGUAUUUUUAUCUACCCCCGUCUGAGCCUUCCCCCUGAGGCAGUGGAACAGGCCAAGUCUGACGGACUGGAGGCAGACGUGCUAUACAGUCAGAGCCUACUCGAUGAGGAGGGUGUGUGUGUGGGAGCAGGGUGUGAGCAUGGGCGGAGAGAGGACAAAUACCACAUCAGACUGUGCGUGCUGACCCCCUCUGCCACUCUAGAGAAGGUCCUGGCACGCCUUGGCUCGUUCCACCUGCACUUCCUGGACGAGUUCUCCCAGCAUGCUUAG